AUGAAGUUAGUCAGGUUUUCUACCAUAUCUAUUCGUGGCAUGACGUGCAAUUCAUGUGUCCAGCUUAUAGAAUCAGUCAUCAACAAGCAGUUCAAUGUGAUUUUUGUCAAUGUCUCCCUUAAAUUUGAACGCGCGAUUAUUAUCUACGAUGAAGAAAGCAGUAUCACUCCUGAGUGUCUUGCAACCACCGUCAAUAAUAUGGGUUUUGAAGCAAAACCAAUUUUUUACGAAAUGGAGACAUUUCCUGAUUGUUUGGAUAAAACCAGUGGUAAAGCUUUAGAGACGUGUUUAUAUGUUGAAGACCUCAUUUCCACUGACUGUGAAGAUAGGAUUAAUCAAUCUCUUGUAUGUUUACCUAAUUUAGUCACUUUUCGGAUUAAUACAUCAUCAUCUACUGUAGAAAUAUGGCACUUACAGCAAGUAACAACAUCUGAUUUGAUAGAUUGUGUCAGUAAGGCAGGAUUUAAGGCCAUUACGAAACCUCAAACAGUUUCUAUAUGCACAAACGUUUCAACUUCAAAUAACAGUAGAAUUCCAUCAUCAAUGAAAUCUGAAUGUCUGUCAACUAUUCAUCUAUCUAACAAAGCGAAUUUGCAAAGUUUUCAUCAAAAUCUUUUGAUUGUCAAAGUUGACGGAGUAAUUAAUACUAUUAAAUUACAUGAACUACUUCAAGCAUAUCUUGGUUCCAUGAAUCUUUCAAACUGUGAUUUGCAUGUUUUGGCUUCGUCUCAGAAUGGAAUGUUGUUAACUAUCAAUAUUUUAUCUCCUAUUCCUUGUGACUCUUCAAAUAAAGGUGUUCGGCUAGUUACAGUUGAUUUAAUGAAACAAAUUUCUGACUUUUUAACUUCUAAAAAAUAUCCAGCUGCUCGAAUAAAAUUGCUUAAUUCAGUUGCAAAUAAUUCUGAAGUGUAUAGCGUUUCUAACCAUGGUGAUCAAAAUGCGACAAAUGAUCACCCUUCUAGAGACUAUACAAGUAAACUGGAUAGUUACGAAAUCACUGUUUCCAUAUACGGAAUGCACUGCCAUUCAUGUGUACGAAAAAUUGAAUCGUAUUUCAACGAAGAAUCAGUUAAGCAACUGUACAAUAUAAAGAAUUGUUCUGUUUCACUAUCAGAUAAAGAGGGCAAAUUCACACUGGCGAAGAAUUCAAAGGUACAAGCGUUGACCCAGGAUGAUUUGGUUCACAUCACUUCAGAUCUAUUGGAGAUUAAUGUUGACAAAAUUCAUUUAGAAUUACAAAAGCUUGGGUUUCAAACAUCAUCUGUUACAAGUGAUUCAGCAAAUGUGGACAUUCUUCCUUCUGAUCAAAAUGAUCAACUACAACUUUCAACUACAGUAAAUUAUUUAUCUGAAGUUCCAUUAAACGAUUAUUUACCUAAUACCAUUCCAUAUUCAUCGUCAUCAUCAUUACUAUUAUCUAAAAAAAAUUUGUGCACAAAUCCUACUACUACCACUACUACGUUAUCCAACUCUAAUGGUCAUCUAUCAACAUCCUUAUCAUAUCAAACUAAUGGAAUAAAUUUAAAUGUACAUCAUAAAAAAUGUUAUUUACAUGUUACAGGAAUGACUUGUAGUUCAUGUGUACAUAAUAUUGAACAGAAUUUAUUAAAAUUAAAAGGUGUUCACUCUGCUUUGGUUGCAUUAAUUGCUAUGAAAGCAGAAAUCGUCUAUGAACCUACUUUAAUCACUGUUAAACAAUUAAUUAAAAAAAUCGAAGAAUUAGGUUUUUCUGCAACAUUAUUAGAACAACAUGAUAAUUUACAUGGAAAUACUGGACGGGGAACUAUUCAUUUCACGAUCCAUGAACUAUCAGCUAAUCCUUCUGAAUGUACAACAAUUGAAUCUACACUAAACAAAAUUAAAGGUGUAUAUAGUGCUUCUUUAGACUUAAAAACAAAAUGUCUUCGUAUUGUAUACAAUCUGAAUGAAAUUGGACCUCGUGAUCUGAUAAAACAAAUUGAAAAUCUAGGUUAUCAACCAGUUUUAUGUCGACCUGAACAGAAUUUGCAUGAAUCAAGUUCCUUACUUAGAUGGCGUAGUUCAUUUUAUUUCAGUUUAGUUUUUGCUAUUCCAACAAUGAUGAUUAUGAUUAUUUUCAUGUUAUUAUGGCCACAUUAUGUACCAGAAAGUUGUCCAGUACAUUUUCGUGAAAUAUCAAUUAAUGGUCAACAACAACAGAAUGUUCUAAAUAAUUCAAAUAUUACAAACGAACAUACAAUACACUAUUUUACUACGCCUAUGAUAAUACCUGGAUUGUCAGUUGAAAAUAUGUUAAUGUUUUUAUUAGCUACACCAAUACAGAUAUUUGGUGGUCGCUAUUUUUAUAUUCAUGCAUACAAAUCAUUAACACAUGGUAUAGCAAAUAUGGAUGUUUUAAUUGUGAUUGCUACAACGAUUUCAUAUUUAUAUUCUGUCGUUAUUUUAUUAAUUGCAAUAUUGAAUCGCUGGCAGCAUAGUCCACGUACUGUAUUUGAAACAUCACCAAUGUUACUCGUGUUUGUUUCAUUAGGUCGUUGGUUAGAGCAUAUUGCGAAGGGUAAAACAUCCGAAGCGCUUACUAAAUUACUCUCCUUACAUGCUAAAGAAGCUACUCUUAUUGACUUAUCACCGACAGAAAAACAGAAAUUAGAAGAUACUUUACAACAGCAAACAAAAAAUUUACCGACAAAUUUAUUUGCUAGUGGGAUUGAAAAACGUAUCCCAAUUGAAUUGGUUCAUCAAAACGAUAUCAUCAAGAUUCUUCCGGGUGAAAAAGUUCCUGUUGAUUCUGUCAUUUUAAUUGGAUCCACAUCAUGUGAUGAAUCGUUGAUUACUGGAGAAAGUAUGCCAGUCGUUAAAAAACCAGGAUCAGAUUUGAUUGGUGGUUCUAUCAAUCUAGCUAGUAUUGUAUGGGCCAAAGCAACUCAUGUUGGUGAGGAUUCAGCCUUAUCUCAAAUCGUUCGUCUUGUUGAAGAGGCACAAACUUCGAAAGCACCAGUACAACAGCUUGCAGACAAGAUUGCUGGUUAUUUUGUUCCAUUUAUUUGUUUAGUGUCAUUGACAGUUUUUAUUUUAUGGAUCACUUUAGGCUUCUUGGUACCAACAACCAUAAAAGGCUAUGAACCUGGUUGUUCCAUUCCCCUGUUAGCUAUUGAUCAUGCUUUUCGUAUGGCUAUCACUGUAUUAACCAUAGCUUGUCCAUGUGCUCUUGGCUUAGCCACUCCAACAGCAGUGAUGGUAGCUACCGGGACUGGUGCAUUAGCUGGUAUAUUAAUAAAAGGUGGUCAACCUUUAGAGAAUAUGCAUAAAUUAACUACAAUAUUAUUUGAUAAAACUGGAACAAUCACUCAAGGUCGACCACAAGUUAUCCGUAUUGUCAUGUUCAUACCACCUAGUGGUGAAAUGGAGAGAUCCACAGAAGUAAACAAAUACCAAUCACCAGAUCAAAGUUCACCAUUAUCAAUCUCUUCAUAUAAACCGCAACUCUGUUCAAACAUAUCACCUAGUCGAUUUUUAUAUCUUAUCGCCAGUGCAGAAUCAACAGUACAACAUCCUCUUGCAAAUGCUCUACUUAUUAUAGCACGUACAUUUCGUCGAUUUGCAUUAUCAUUUAAUUCAGAUGAAUUAUUAUUAAAUACAUCAAAAGAUGGAGUAAAUUAUCAGAAUACUCAUAAUAGUGAAAUGAAUUAUGAUUUAUCUAAUGACUUUGCAAAGAUUUCUCAAAUUAGAACUUCAUCUGGAUUAGGUGUUCAAUGUAAUGUUGAUCUAUUACCGUAUGAUUGUCCACCAGGUCCAGCAUUGCCGAAACCUUUAGAUGUUAGAAGUAAUAGUUUCAGCAAUCAGUAUACUGAAUUAGAUAUUAACGCAGCAUUACAAAUGAAAUUAACUUACAUAUCAUGUAUGUGGCCGACAAAAAAUACACCUACUGAGAAUAAUCUUAUUAAUGGGGAUCAUGAUGAAUUGAAUAAUAGCAAUAAUAUUAGUUUUCAAAAGUUUAAUGAUCUGUUGUCUGAUCAAUCUAUGACAUAUCCGGCUAGUUCGCAUUCUACAGUCAAUGAAUUAGAUGAGUAUCAGGCAUUAGGAGAUUGCAAAGAAAGUGUACAACAGAAAAUUAGUACAAACAAUGAUAUCAUCACUUCUCAACAGCAACAACAAAGACACUUUUUAAAUGGAUCAGAAAGAAUUGAAUGGGCAGACUCCACUAAAGGUGGUGUUCAUUCUGUACUGAUUGGUAAUCGUGAAUGGCUAAAACAAAACAACGUAAUAUUGCCCAUCAUUUUAUCAAAUGAAUACCUACCGGAUGGACGUGAAUCAAAUCGUCAAACUGCUGGCUAUUGUAACAUCCCAACAUUGGACUCACUAGUUUCAGCUGAUGAGUCUCAAGGUCACACAGUCGUUUACGUCGCCAUUGAUAAUAUUCUGGUCGGUCUAGUAACAAUUUCUGAUCCAAUUAAACCGGAAGCUGAUUUAAUCGUUGCUGCACUACGCCAUCGUGGUAUACGUGUAGCUCUAUUAACUGGUGAUAAUUAUCGUAGUGCUAAUGCAGUCGCACAACAAAUCGGUAUUGAGGAAGUCUAUGCUGAAGUGUUACCUGGUCAUAAAGCGGAUAAAAUAAAAGAAUUACAAAAUUGUCCAACUGUUCGUAGAAGAAAUAAGAGAAAUUCUACUAUGAUGUCGAUGACGAAGAUAAGAAAUAAAAGACAGAAUAAAAUGAAGACAACGAAAGGUUGUAUUUCAGAUAAUACUGAUUGUGUAACUAACAUUGUUGGAGAUGAACCGAAUUGUCAAAUCUUCAAUUCGAAAAUAUCUAAUAAACCAAAUCAUUCCAAACUCAAAUCAUUAAAGAAAACGAUUCCAAAUAAUAAUAAUAAUAAUAAUGGUAAUUCAUCUUGUCAUAUAGAAAAUGAAUUGAAUUUAUCCAAUGAAGAAUUAACUGAUGAUGAAUUUAAUCAUACUAUUCAAAGUACACAGGGUAAAUAUAAUGAAAAAUCUGUAAAAACUACUUUAUCUAUUCAACAAUUCAUUAAACAGUGUAUUAAUGUAAUAUGUUGUUUUACUAGUCAACAUUAUAAUUAUUAUUCUACUUUUGUAAAAUCAUCAAAUUCUUUAACAAAACAUCAAAAUAAUUCUUUUCAUCAACGUCAAAUAGAACGUCAUCAUAAAAUGAAAUAUCGAAAAAAUAAUUUACGUGUAUCACUUAAAAAAUCUCAACGUCAAUAUGUUGCAAUGAUUGGUGAUGGUGUUAAUGAUAGUCCUGCAUUAGCUCAAGCAGAUGUCGGUAUAGCUAUUGGUUGUGGUGCAGAUGUUGCUGUUGAGACUGCUGAUGUUGUACUUAUACGUAAUUCAUUAAUUGAUGUAGUUGCUGCUAUUGAUUUAUCGAACAAAACUGUACGUCGAAUACGAUGUAAUUUUAUUGCUGCUACAUUAUAUAACCUGAUAGGAGUACCUGUUGCUGCAGGUUGGUAUAUUUAACAAUAAAUGGUACACAUCACCUUACCUCAUCAAUUUCGGCUAUCAACCUUAAGAUGUGGAAGUACAGAGCUAGCACACGAGAAACUAUUUACAAAAACGCCGCGUACAAUUGACCUCGAACAGUUGUUCCAUGAGUUGUGUAGGCAUGCUUCCAGGUUUUAAAGACUAUCAACCCUAAUCUACUUUCCUUCUUAAUCCUCUCAGGAAGAAGUAUCUUUUCAGGGUUGAACCAACAGCUAAAUAACAAUCGCACUCAUGUUUUUGACCACACUCGAAAUCACUUAGAAUCUUUGAUGACAAUCAAUGACGAACAGCCUUCAGUGAAAUUUGGAUCCAGAUCUUUUUAUCAGGCUACUAACCGUACUUUUAAAGUAAAAUACAGUUAUGCAACACAAUUUUGAUAUAAAAGAAUGAUGGAAAUAUUUUCUUCUUCCACAAUAUACUACUAUAAUACAAUAAUAGAUCUGGAGGACCAAAAUUAGACUACCAUCAAGCUGAAUUCUCGAUCGAUGGGUUACGCACAGACUAGAUCAUGUUAUACCCAAUACAUGAUUUUAUUUAUUUAUUUGAACACAUAAACAUUGGUACAAGGUGGCACCAAAUACAUAUGCGCUACACAAUAGCAAUGAGACCAGUAGCAGUUAUCACUGAUUUGUGUGGAGGCUGUGAUACUACCCGAGGACUCAAAUAGAGAUUAAAUCCGGACAAAGACGUGAUAGCCAACUUUCAUCAGGACUGCAUAGUUUGACCGAUAAAGUAUUAUCAUUACGUGAUAAUUUACGCACUGUACUUACUCGUCAUCGUAUUUCACCAAUACACACUAAUAUUGAAGCAGUAGAUAAUCAAAAUUUACUCGAUACCUACAAUAAUGACGGUGACAAUGAAUCUGAAGAUGAAAUAAUGAAUACACAAAAUCCUUUCAUUGAAAAAUCAUUUAUUUCAUUAGGUACACAAAAUUUUACUGAUAAUCAGAACAAUAUUUCUCUGGAGAUACGAAAAGCGCGUAGCUGGAGUUCUCGAACAUGUCGAUAAUCAUUUCUAUCAUAUUUUUUCCAAAGAUUAGUUUUCUCUGUUUUUGUAUCGUUUAAUUGGAUGAAUAGAUGUUAGUACCUAACUGCUUUUUUUUCUUACCCCAAACUGAUUUAAAUAAAUAAUCUAUGAUAUAUUCCUACAGGUCAGUCGAUAGUUGGCAUAUUUAACAGCCUUAAUGCAUUUCGUCUUGUUUGUCGAUUUUAUUUUCCUCACUUUUGGUGUCUCAUUGAUUCGUGUCAACUACACAAAUUCUCACUGCCGAUUUCCAUUGGAAUUACUCUGCUCGGUCCCUCGAUCUGUAAUCUUAUUCUACUGUGUCUUCUAUUUUGCUUCCUUUAAUUUCUUACUAUCUGUAAAGUUGUUAAUGCAUCCAAAUAUCACUUUUUCAUAUUAUUCCCCUCCUAAUUCUUGUUUUCGCCCUCAAAUUGUGUUAUUUCUUUUUCUGACUAUUGUGAUAUACCAUUACUUACUGAUAGGAAAAUGUGUAUAUGUUUGAAAAGGAAUAUUCGCUUUCUGUGAUUCCGUACAUAAUAUAAACUUAAGCAAACAAUAUUGGUGUUAAUAUUUUGCUUUUUUUACUGAAUUUUGAAAAUAACAAAGUUAAUUUACUAUAAA